UUCUAAAGAAAGGGGUCGUGAAGGUUUUGUACAAUAAUCCGGAUUAUUUCAUGUUUAUUGAUUUAUAUUUUGUGAAUAUGAAUUGCACUAGUUAGAAUCCUAUAAGGUUUACAUUUUACUGGCAAAAAGUAUAGCAUUGUACUGGAUUUACUAAGAAAUGUAAACGAGUUAAGCUACACCCUCGCCAUGCCAACAUUCCUCACGCCGGGCCGGCACGGGUACAGCGUGCGGUUCUCCCGCACGCGAGCCGACGCCCUGGCCGUGGCCACGAGUCAGUACUACGGGCUGGCAGGCGGAGGCACCCUGUUCUUCCUCGAGCUUGCUCCAGAUGGGACUACCUUGGUUGAGCUACAGAAACUGGAGUGGAGCGAUGGACUGUUUGAUGUGACAUGGUCGGGCACGACAGAUGGCGCAGCGGCGUGUGGCGCGGGCGACGGCGCUGUUAUAGUGUGGCGCGCCGGCUGCGCCGCGCCGCUGCGUGUGCUGCGAGGCCAUUGCAGUGAAGUGUGCUCCGUGGACUGGCCGCGCAGGCACCUGCUCAGCGCCAGCUGGGAUACUACGGUCAGACUGUGGGACCCAGAAUCCGAGUCUUGCCUGAACACAUUCUCGGGGCAUUCGCAGUUGGUAUACACAGCGCAGUUUUCCCCGCACUCGACGAGCACGUUCGCGUCAGUGUCGGGUGACGGACAUCUAAAGCUGUGGGCCUGCAAUGAGCCUCGCCCGGCCGCUGACGUCAAAGCGCACGAUGCUGAGGUACUAUCAUGUGACUGGAGCCGUGCCGAAUCUCACGCCCUGGCGACUUCGGGGUCAGAUGGACUGGUGCGCGGCUGGGACCUGAGGCGACUCACCUCUCCCAUGUUUACGCUUAAAGGUUGCGAGUGUGCGGUGCGGCGCGUGCAGUUCUCUCCACUCGCGCCUUCGGUCAUAGCGGCGGUUUCUUAUGACUUUACUACGAGGAUAUGGGACCUGAAGCGCGGCUGCGACCCCAUCGAGACCAUCCGCCACCACUCGGAGUUCACGUACGGCCUCGACUGGAACGCACUGCGGCCGCACCAGCUGGCCGACUGCGGCUGGGACUCGCUCGUGCACGUGUUCACGCCGCGCUCGCUACACUGAUACCGAGUAACGCCAACGUAAUAAGGCUGUGUCAAGUGUAUCCUGUGCCAAGCAAGUAUUGAGUGCCAAAUUAUAACUGACUUUCAAGCGAUUGCUGCGGAAAGACUAUUGAGGUUGGACAAAACAGGGAUUAUGUAAGACUAUAGACGCGGAGUGGUAGAUUAACGUACGCUUUUCAAUAUUAUAAUAUAUAGGGUAUAUAUAUUUGAAAAAUAUAAUGUUUAAAAAGUUUCAAUUCUAAAAGCCAUGAAUGAAAAUUAAAAUAGUUCAAGUUUACGCGGUUAUUAUCAUAAUUAAAGCACAUAAUAACGGGUUCUUAUCGCGUUUAAAUGGGGAUAUGAGACUCCCGAUAUUUCGACACUGU